CACCAAGCCUCUCCCUCACAGAGAGAGAGAGUGUGUUAUUUCUGCUUUUGCCUCAAAGGAGGAACAAGGAAAUCAGACUUCAGUUAGACAAAGUCUCUGCCUUCAUAAUGGAUUCAGUCUUUUCUGUGUUUGGAUCCUUUAUGGAUUGGGAUGUCAAAGGUCUGCUGCUUUUUCUGGUCAUUUUCAUCCUCACUGCAGAUUAUAUUAAGAACCGUCGGCCGGCCAACUUCCCUCCAGGACCCUGGUCAUUCCCUAUUGUGGGCAGCAUAUUCACUCUGGAUCACAACAGGACUCAUGAAAUUUUCACACAGUUAGCAGGGAGAUACGGAGAUGUCUUCAGUCUGCGACUGGGCCAGAAGCGGAUAGUGGUGUUGAACAAGUUCAAGGUUAUUAAAGAAGGUCUAGUAAAUCAUGGAGACGGCCUGUCAGACCGCCCAGACCUCCCUAUAACGCAGGAUACAACCUAUGGACUAGGUAUAAUUUUCAGUAAUGGGCACAUAUGGAAGCAACAGAGACGUUUUGCACUUUCAACCCUCAGAUAUUUUGGAUUUGGAAAGAAGUCACUUGAACCUGUUAUCUUGGAGGAAGUUACACACUGUGCAAACAUCUUCAGGAGCUUUAAAGGUAAGCCAUUCGGUCCACACCUCAUCAUGAACAACGUUGUCUCUAACAUCAUCUGCUUCCUGGUUUUUGGUCAUCGCUUUGAAUACAGCGAUGAGAAGUUCAAGAGACUGGUGGAGUUGUUUGGCAAAAGUCUUGAGAUUGAAGGCUCCAUUUGGGUUCAAUUGUACAACUCAUUCCCUGUGCUGAUGAGACGUUUGCCAGGACCACAUCAAACAGUAGUGAAUAUCUGGACAUAUGUUAAGGACUUCAUUAAAGAAGAGCUAAAGCAACACAAACAAAACUGGGAUUCCUCAGACCCAAGAGACUACAUCGACUGCUACCUAAAUGAGAUUCAGAAUACUAAGGGGCAGGAAAGCAGCACUUUUGAUGAGGAAGGCCUGAUUAUGAGUGUCUUGGAUCUGUUUGUGGCCGGCUCUGAGACAACAUCCACCACCCUGCGCUGGGCUUUCCUCUAUAUGGCAAAGUACCCUGAGAUCCAGGAAAAGGUACAGGCUGAGAUAGACAGAGUGAUUGGACAGUCCAGACAGCCGUCCAUGGAAGAUCGUGCAAUCCUUCCCUACACUGACGCUGUCAUCCACGAAAUCCAGAGGAUAGGCAACAUAGUUCCUCUUAGCCUACCUCAUAUUACCAACAAGGAAAUCGAGCUGAGAGGCUAUACAAUCCCAAAGGGAGUUGCAGUAGUUCCCAAUUUGACCUCAGUGCUGUUUGACAAGGACGAAUGGGAGACACCCCACAUCUUCAACCCAGGACACUUUCUUGACAAGGAUGGAAACUUUGUGAAGCCAAAUGCUUUCAUCCCUUUCUCUGCUGGUAAGCGGGUCUGUCUUGGGGAAAGCCUGGCCAAAAUGGAGCUCUUCCUCUUCUUCACGUCCUUUAUGCAGCAGUUCACCUUCUCAAUGCCUCCUGGGGUGAAACCUGUGAUGGACUACCGCUUUGGUGUCACUCUGGCACCAGAGCCAUAUGAAUUGUGUGCAACUUCACGCUAAUACCCCUUUUCCUGUUGUCCCCACUUUUUCUGUUGUUUCUGGGGUUAAGGAAUCAAACUAAUAUUUUGCUUGGCCCCACUGAAGACCCCACCCCAUCUCUUUUCAGGCUUUAAAACUGUUGAAAAAGUUUCUUUGCAGUUUUUUGUUUUGAUUGGUUUUGUGUUCCAAGCAGGCCCCAAAUCAUGAUUAGGUUAUGAUAUUUUUGUAAAUCAUUCUUUGCCUCCUGCUUACCUUAAAGCAACAUUGUGUAGAAAUUUGUAUUUUUGCAAUUCAGCUUUAGCGUGUAAUACCUGUGUUGUAAAUACGAACAGUUACAGUUUGUAUGAUAACUUGUGAUCGAAAGACAAGACUCAAGACAUAACAGCCAGAUUAUGUUACUCACUAGUCCAACAAGUUUUUGCAACAGUACAUGAUCUAUUUCAUGAAAACCAAGGUCGUAUAAUUGCAUUUUUGCAGAAUCAUGCUGACAUACAAACAUCCAUUGAUAGAUAACAAGGUCAUGGACAUCUGUGUGCAGGAAAAGACGGCAAUAUCCGGACUGUAAAACAGUAAGAAUAUGAUACACAGUUACACCCUGCAAUUCUGUUAUGUCAAUACAAGCUGCAAGUAAUACAAGUAGAUAAAGAAAGACGAUUGUGUAGUGAGACGAUGAUAUAAGCUUUGUCCUGUCUUUAACAUGGUAAUUUCAAUUUAAAAUCCAAGAUAUCAAACGUUUGUGUCUCUUUUUCGGAAACUUUGAAGUGGACUCUUACAGUAGUACCUUACACUGACAGUUAUUAUAUUAUUAGACAAUCAUUGAGAACAGUUAACAGACUGUGACAAAACUGUACUGUACAAAAAGACAAAAAAAUGUAACAUUUAAUAACUCAACUGCCAUACAUAAUCACGACAAACAUGAAGCAAUUGUUUCUAUUCGAAGAUAAUUGUCAUACAUUAUGUCACAGAUCAAAUAAACAGCCUUUAUGA